ACGUGACUGAGGCUCUUCCGCUGUGUUAAACUUGUUGGCAGCUGUAUGUUCUGCUGUUGGGGACCUCGCUGGGGCUGGGUCCCCUGUGCCCCAACCCCAUGGCUCCUUUUGAGUCUGCUUGUGUGUGCAGCUCCGUUUGGCCUGCUGGGAGAGGAGACUCGCCAGGUGUCUAUGGAAGUUAUUUCCGGCUGGCCGAAUCCCCAAAACCUGCUUCAUAUCCGGGCAGUGGGCAGCAACUCCACCCUGCACUAUGUGUGGAGCAGCCUAGGGCCCCCAGCCGUGGUGCUGGUGGCCACCAACACCACUCAGAGUGUCCUGAGUGUCAACUGGAGUCUCCUGCUGUCUCCUGAUCCUACUGGGGGUUUGAUGGUGCUCCCCAAGAGCAGCAUCCAGUUUUCUUCCGCUCUUGUCUUCACCAGGCUGCUUGAGUUUAACAGCACCAAGGUGUCGGAGGGGACACAGCCCCCAGGAAAAGCAUAUCCCCCUUACUCCUUGGCUGAGUUCUCCUGGAACAACAUAACCGACUCACUGGACCUUGCCACCCUGAGCGCCGUUUUUCAAGGCCACCCUGUAGAUGACCCUACUGGAGCAUUUGUCAAUGGCAGCCUGGCCUUCAAGGUCCAGGCCUUCACUAGAUCUAGCCGACCCGCUCAGCCCCCUCGCCUCCUGCACACGGCGGAUGUCUGCCAGCUAGAAGUGGCCCUGGUUGGAGCGGCUCCUCGGGGGAAGCACUCCUUAUUUGGCCUAGAGGUAGCUACCUUGGGUCCUGGCCCUGACUGCCCCUCCUUGAAAGAGCAGCGCUCCAUGGACGAUGAGUACGCACCUGCUGUCUUCCAGUUGAACGAGUUGCUGUGGGGCUCCUCCCCAUCGGGCUUCAUGCAAUGGCGACCAGUGGCUUUCUCUCAGCAGCAACGGGCCCGAGAAUCGGCCCUCCCCUGCCAGAUUUCCUCUCUUAACCCUACCUUGGCAUAUUCUCUCCCUCACUCACCAAUCGUCCAAGCCUUCUUUGGAUCCCAGAACAACUUCUGUGCCUUCAAUCUGACGUUUGGGGCCCCCACAGGCCCUGGCUACUGGGACCAACACUACCUCUGCUGGUCAAUGCUUCUGGGCGUGGGCUUCCCUCCAGUGGACACCUUAUCUCCACUAGUCCUUGGAGUCAUGGCAGUGGCCCUGGGAGCUCCGGGCCUCAUGUUGCUGGGGGGAGGCCUGUUUCUGUUGCUGCGCCACAAACAGUAUUCUGAGUACCAGUCCAUAAACUGAGACCUGACCCUCCAGAGGAAAAGGCCAGGACCACAUCUGCCAUGCUGUGCCUGACGCUGUCGGAGGGUGGAGGGUCAGGGUUGUCAUCUGCUUUUCUGCAGACCCUCAGAAGCCAGCCUCGACCCACCGGGGCCUCCGAGUUACGUCAUCCUUCCUAACCCAUGGAGAGGCUAGGACGACUGGUAAAAGGAAGGCCCCCACUGGUGUUUUCUCCUCUUGUCGUUCACCGCUCCCAUUUCCCUUGGUUGAAACUUGAAGGCCCACUUGAGAGUGACUGUUGACUGCCCUGUGGGGCAUGAA